GGCGGCAGUCUAGUACCAUUGUGAUCAGCGUACUUUGUAUCGGAGUCAGAUUUUAACUUUCGAGACACCGGGUCAGACCGCGCAGGGAGGUACGUAGCUCGUAACCUGCUGCUCGCCUGUGUGUGCCUCUUUUAGUCGAAAAGCUCGAGCCGCGCUGUAACUUUUUCCAAGCGAUGGCUGAACGGACUAAAAAGAACGACGGACAUCGACGACGACCGACCCGGCAGACCCUUAGCAGGCACUCAAAAGGAAAAAAAUAAAAAACAUACACCUCCCGCUCUCUGCUCGACGCUGGCUUCCUCUGGUAUAUAUAUCCAAUAUCGCCGGCCGCUCCGUGUUCCUCCUUCCUGGCCUUCUCCUCUUCUGCUUCCUCCCGCUCCCUCCUUCUACACUCUUGCUUCUUGCCCUUCCCAACAGCGAGCACUAUGAUCCCGCAUGUCAUCACUGCGUCGGGACGCUCGGUGAGCCUGCUCUGCGACGAACCAACACAACAACAACAACAGCAGCCUCCCCCGCCGCCGCUCAGAGCCCCCACCAGCCUACCUCAGCAUCCUCCCGCCCAAGCGCCCGCUCCUCCCCACACGCUUCCGCUGCCGUCACACUCCGUCGCUCACGCCCUUCCGCAACCGCCCUUCCAGCCCUCGAUCUCCUCGCUCUCGCCGCCCGUCGCGCACUCCCAGCAGCCGCCCGCGAUGCACUACACCUACGCGCGACGGCCGGUAUCCUCCGACUCUGCGGUGCAAUGGUACCACCCAGUCGCCUCCGCCGCCGCCGUGGGCUACCUGCCUGCCGGUGCGCCCAAAGCCUACGCGCAGUACCAGUCCCCGCCUUCGCAUCACCAGCAACCACCUCCCCAGAUGCAGCAACUCCACCACCCCGAACAGCAACUCUACGCCCUGCCUAUCGUCUCCUACAUGCAACCCCAGCACCCUCUGCAACCCGCCUCCGCCGCUGCUCCACCAUCCACCGUCGCAGCAGCAGUGCCAAAGGACGCGCCCAGCAGUACACCACCGACCCCGCGCUCGCCGCCCGUGCGUCGAAGCGGCUCCCGCGGCAGCGGCCGAACAGUCAACUCGCGCUCUCCGUCGCCGAACUCGCAGGAGCCCCGGAAGACGCGCCGGUACUCGUGCCACUGCGGCAAGUCGUUCACGACCUCGGGCCACCUCGCGCGGCACACGCGCAUCCACACCGGCGAGAAGAACUACGUGUGUCCCGAGGAAGGCUGCGGGGCGCGCUUCUCGCGACAGGAUAACUGCAUGCAGCAUUUCCGUACGCAUCAGGUGGCGACGUCGGCCAAGAACGGCAGCGUGUCGAGCGCGAGCGGCAAGGCCGGCCGAAGCAAAGCCGGCUCGGCGUCGUCUGCCUCCUCGGGCACGUUCUUUUCGCCGCAAAACACGCGCAAGCGCAUGUCGUCCUCGUCGUCGUCUAUGAGCUCGGCGUCGAGCGCGCGACACAGCAGCACGAGCAGCUUACCUACGCGGCAGUCAAUCGACAGAGGAUAUUCGUCUGCCACCGACGACAUCAACACGAAGCCGCCGUCCGAGUCCGCGCUGGACUCCGUCUCGCGCUCGUCCUCGACAUCCUCUUCGUCGUCGUUCUCGUCGCCGGCACACCACGCCUACCUGCCUCCGCAGAGCAGCACGCCCACGCUCGCGCUGCCGCUGCCUCCGCUCGCGAGCACGGUUCGCAUCGGAGAGCUGGCGCGCUCGCCGCCCCGGCUGCAGACGUUGCCGCCUAUCUCUUCAUUGGCGGCGUCGUCGGGCGUCAUGGGACCUAUGCGCGUGAGGAGCCCGGGCGGGAAGAGCGAUGUGAAGCUUGAUGAGCUGGCGUCGAUUGCUACGUCGAUGGUUAUGUGAGGUCUCUCUGAAGAUGUUCACGAAGGAGAACAAUUGUUUGUUUUUGUUUGUUUUUCGCUACAGCGUUAUGGAAAGGUAUUAUUGUGCUUUAUUUAUUGUACUAUAUGUAUAUUUUUGCGCCGCCAUGGAGUGAGAGAUCACACCGUGUGCCGGGCACGGGAUAACUUGGGAUUGCUUUACGUUUUGGACCUAUGAAUUUUACUGGAGUAGAGAUAUCUUGCUGCUAAUUGCUAUUACUUGCUACUGCUAUGACGUUAUGACCUUGUGUUUUUCGGUGGGACGAUAUAUCGGAUCUAUUCUUAGUUGAUUUAUGAUUACGAAUGACGAAAUAUUGUAUACAUACGAACUUCUUGUACAUUUUAUUCUAAUAUACUCAUUUCUCGCAGAACGAGCU